ACUGGUACGAUCGCAGUUGUUUUGACAUGAAUUGUAAUUAACCUCAAAUCUCAAUCGAAAUGCGAUAGAAGCGGUUGCCAUUACUGAUUACGUAUCACUAUAACAAUUUAGUAGUCUUAAAAGAAAUUGCUUGUGUCAAAUAUACGCGCGUGAUUUGUUCCGAGUUCUAAAUGUUAAAUUAGUAAACAACAGUGGUGUAAAAUUUUAUUCAAACAAUAGACUUUUGUCUAAAUUACGUACGGAAAGAUGUAACGAAUAGCCCUAUGUCAUUGAUUUAUCUUGUUUCGUGUCUAAAUAUAUAAAAAUAAUAUUGUUAAUAUAUUAAGAUGGCUCCUCCUAAAAAGAUACUCAAACAGCAACAGGAGAUUAUGAUAGAUUUCCUGGAACAAAAUGUAGAAAUGGCCAAAGGUAUACCAUUGGGCCACCCCACAACACAUGAAGCCACAAAGCAGAAGUGGAUUACACUCACUAGCAAACUCAAUUUAGUUGAAGGUGGCGAUAAAAAGGCAGCUCAAGGUUGGAAAAGGUACUGGUUCACAUGGCGACACAGAUGCAGUAAGAAAGCUCAAAAUGUACAAAAAAUCAAAACUAAUUCUCCUGGAGAAUUACACAGGUUCUUGCCCCUGGAUGACCUUGAAGUGAGAGUUUUACAGUUGCAUCAAGAGCGGGAAGUGAGCUCCAUGCCCAAGAUUGAGUUUAUUAAACAAGAUUCAGAAUCAGAACCAGAAAGAGAACAGGAUGAUGAGCCAGACUUUCCUGUUAAGGUUCAAAUCAAAGAAAUGAAAAAUAGGAAACUAUCAGCAGAUUACAAUAACGCUACAGUAAAUUCUACUGAAACAAGUACACCACUGCCCCCUCAAUGGGCUUUAGAUUUGGAAGAUCGCAGGAUAGCAGCCGAGGAACGUAUGGCCGAUGCCCUCGAAACAAUCGCGAGCACCAUGAGGUCUCAGGAAGAAAGACGCAGCAUGUUAGAUGAAAGGAUAGCUGACGCGCUUACCGCUAUUGCGGGCACCCUACAGGAAAUUAACACUAGUUCACAACACAAACACUCUUUAAACCAUUUACCUACGCAAGCUGAACAAGAGAGUAUGGAGGCGUUAGAAACGAGUAUCAACUAUUGGGAGGACGCGCUCGCCGCGUUUUCGGUGGGGGCACGAGGCGGGGUGACGGGCACACUCGCGCUCACCUCGCCCGAGGAGGCAGAGUUCUGUCGCGAGAUACAGGAUCUGCUGCAGAACGCUUACUUGCUACAGGAACGUUGCGAGCUACUCUUCCUCGACCAACGGUCCGUGCUGUUCAGGUCUGAGAGUGGCGGCGGCGGUGGCGCGCCCGAGGGUUCGGUCGGGCGGCGCACGAGGCUUCUCUCUUCGCACACUGCGUCAGAACACACACGCAAGGAACACCACUCCAGUGCUGAGUCCUUCGCCUCAGCAGAGGAUCAGGUUGCAGAUCUCAGAGAAUUCGACGACCUAACAGAAUCAGUAGCUGAAUUAGAAAAUUUAGAAUUAUAUCAAACGGCGGUUAAGCAGCUAGACAUCGGAAUUCCAUACAGAACUCUCCGCACAGAAGUGGUGCAGUGCGGUUCGGACACGGAGUUCCUGUGCAAGCUACAUUGCCUUCGGGUCGGCUUCCAGCACGUGUUGCGAGACUCCAGCGUGCGCGCCUGGUUCAUGGACGCGGGCCGGCAAGUGCUCACGGACCUCUUGCUGUUUGCCGAUAAAGAGCCUAAAGAAUUUCUUGUCGCAUACGAAGAAAUGGUAUCGUGGACGAACGAUCCGGCUAACUGGUCAGCAAUCGAGCAUGAAUUAAAAAGCAAAGGAGUUAAGGUGGUGUCAUUCUACGACGUGGUGUUGGACUACAUCUUGUUGGACGCGUUCGAGGACCUCGCCGCGCCGCCCGCCUCAGUCCUUGCGGUCGUGCGCAACCGAUGGCUCUCCGAUGGAUUCAAGGAGAGUGCAUUAACUACUGCAGUGUGGUCCGUCAUAAAGGCUAAGCGGCGUUAUCUACAAUACCCAGACGGAUUUAUGUCACAUUUCUACUCGAUAUCAGAGCACCUACUGCCGGUCCUAGUGUGGGGCUUCCUAGGGCCGAGGGAGCGGUUGAGAGACGUUUGCGAAUCUUUCCAAUCAGAAAUAGUCGGUUUCGUAACGGACUUGUUCAGUUUCCAAAAGUGCAGAUACACGACCGUCGAUGAAUUCACCGUGGACAUCAUGCAACACGCUCGCUCCAGAGCUGCCAACAUCACGGACAAACUUGCUGAGCGGGUUUAAGUAGAGAUCGAGGGUAGUUCCCAUUUAUUGUGUCAUGGAACUUGUCGUUAUCGGACAAAAUUAAUGACUUUGUUAAUGGUACCAAAUUGCAGUUCUUCCGAAAUUUUUAAAUGGUUUUAUUCAAAUUAUUUACUAAUUAACAGUAUGAUUAUCAAGGAAUGUUAAAGAGUAUUACAUGAUGCCUAAAGCAACUAAGAAAAAAAAGGUAUAAUGCACAAUGACGUCAUGUUACACCAAAUGGGAACUUCCUGUUCAAUAUUUGUUAAAUUAUUUCGAUCAAAAAUACCCGAAAUAGCCGUUAUAAAAUAAUAAUCCAAUAAUCAUGUGUAGGUGAAUCAAGAAAUAGCGUCACAAAUAGUUAAAGCUUGUACAGUCUUAUUAGCAGACAUACUAAAGUAUGUUAACUUUUAGGUUAAGUGUGUAUUGUAUGCCAGUUCCAGUAUAAGCUCAAUUCACGGUGCAUUAACCUAUAUAUAAAUCAAAUAUAGGCCGUAGUACACAAUAGAGAACAGUUUUACAGAAACAAACAUUCCUAAUGCAGUUACUUACUCAAUAAAUAUUUAAUAUUCAAGCCGCGUCCAGACAGACAGAUGAAGUCUGACGAGUUGUAUUUGUAGUAUUUACUUCUGACUAGUCUAAAUAGGUGAAGCAUUUUUAUUUUAGAACUGGGAUGUAUGAUUGCCACCGACUUAGUACAUUAAGGGUGUGUUUUCACUGCAUUGCAACGUAGCUAUGAUAGGCAGGAAUAGAUUAAUCAGAUUAUUUUUAAAACUCCUUGCAGCUCCUUACUUGAUAUCGAGCAGUCAGUCAACCCAGUCGUCCCAAAGAACGAGUUCUAUCACACAAAAUUGACCAUUCUUAGAACAGUACCAAACACUUGUCCAUCAUCGAGCGCCAUCUGCAUAUCCGAACGCUCAUUUUUAACAGCGUUUUCAUACGCUUCAUAGAUUUUGUGGUAGAUCACUAGGUGGCGCUGACAUAAAGUCGCCAAUAGUCCUAGCUUAGCGUUAGUCGAAAGUGUAACUCUGCAAAGAACUACUUUGAGUUAACUAAGAUUAGAUGUCAAGCACGUGUCCAGCAGAAAAUUACAGCAAUCAGUGUUAUGUUAAACGGCGUUGGGUUGUGGUCAGGUAAUUGGGUGUUCAAUUUCGUGUUACGCUGCACCGCAUUUUUUCUUCUUUUGUGGUUAACUAUGUACACGUUAGACCAGCCUGUCCGUUCGUUCCGAAGCAUUUAACUUUAAGCUAAAAUGUAUUUACUUGCUACCCUCUUUUCAAUAGAAUUAAUAAAUUCGAAUAUUGUUAGAUACUUCCACACCAUUUCUUAUGUUCAUGUAUGUUGAAUAUAAUUAUAUUGUGCUAAGUAAUUAUGCGUGAAAAAAAUUAUGAUUGUAAUAAAACAAUAAUCAUAAAACCAGUGCAAAGGUAUUUUGAACAAAAGGCUCAAUUAAAUUAGUAUUGGUUGAAUGCUCGAAAUGUAGCGAUAUAAUCGAAUUGUAGAAGAAAGUAGAUAGGUCAGAUAAUUAGUUUCGAAUUUGUUCUAACGAAUUAAAUUAAUACUUAGUUUUAAAAAUAUGAGAAAUUCAACUUUACUAAUACUAUAGCCUGGUAUAGCCUGGUUUGUAUUGAUUUACGGACACUGUGGUGCAGUCAUUUGAUGUGAUAAAAAAGUAAAAAAAGAAAAAUCGCGUAUGCACUAACUACUUUAAUUUUCUAUAAAGAUUUCUGCUUAAUUGCAUAGAACUCCACUGGCUUGUCGUUUCUGAAGGUGUCGCUUGCCGUUGAUGCAAUUGUUUAAAGUAUUAAAUGACUCUGCGGGAGUCGUUUGCAGACAAUAAAUGGCAAUAGGUAUGAGAUUUAAAAAUUCUACAAUUUUCUGAUUAUUUUAAAUAUUGAAUUCUGCUCUCACAAUUAAAAUUACAAAUGCACAAAAUUCUGGAAUGCAGAGGAAUCGUGGGACUUACAACUUUCAUAUUUUCGAAGCCAUUGUUGUUGUGGCCAAUAACUUAAUGUUAAGUCUAUGAAUUGAAAAGUAUAGACCAAUAUAACCACAAAACCUGUUUUUUUUUUUGUGAUAUUCAAUUACAAGAUGUUUUUAAAUAUCAUGUUCUUGAGACAUAAUAGUAAAGGUUUCAGGCACAGAAUUCAGAACAAAUUAGUUUUGACUUCUUUGAUGGUAGUCAGGAAUGUAUAUUUUUGUAUGUCCCGUCUUGUUAUUAUUCCAUUGCAAGACUAAGGACUAAGCGCAAUAAAUUUUUUUUUGCCGCUAUGUCGAAGUUAGCAGUUAUUUCGAUACAAGCCACAGAACAAAGGGGCCUCUCAGAUCCAGUUACCCCAAAUAUAAGGUGUUUUCCGUGGAUUAACUUCGUUGUGAUGCCAAAUUUUGAACUAAUUAACUGAUGUACUGUGUUCUCUUGCGAAACGGGGUCCUGCCGAGUGGAAGGAACUGAAAGCUAGUGAUAGUACUGAAGGUUUCCUAUAUGAUUUAUUGUCGACUACUGAUCUUGCUAAGUUAUGUAGUAUUUUAAAUUAUGAUUAACUUGUUCUUAAUUAUUAAUGUAUUAGAUUUACGUCGAAGCAAUUGUUGUACAGUCUUAAUCAUUUAAUUGUUUUGUAAAUAUAUAAUAUCAUUGACA